GCCCCGCCCCGCCCCGCCGGCGCCGACCGCGCCGACCCGCCGCGGUCCCCGGAGCGGAGCGCGCGGCGGCGGCAGUAGCUGGGCGCCUCCCACGCGCUGCCGCGUGCCCGCCCGCUCGCCCGCCAGUCUGCCCGUCCACCGGCCCCGACUCCGCUCGGCCAUCUUCGCCGCUCCCGCCCUCGCCAGCCCGGGCCGCGCGCCCUGUCCCCGCGCGCGGACUUUCCCGGAAAGUUUGGUGGUUGUUUUCGGCCGCCGCAGGCAGCGGCGCCGCGCCCCACCUCCGCCAAACUUUGGGGCUCACUCGCGCCAUGAGCGCCCCUCCGCUACUACGGCCGCCUAGCCCGCUGCUGCCCGCCGCGGCCGCUGUGGCCGCCGCCGCUGCUGCGCUGGUCCCGGGCUCCGGGCCCGCGCCCUUCCCAGCGCCUGGGGCCGCCCCGGCGGGGGGCAUCUCGUUCCAUCUGCAGAUCGGCCUGAGCCGCGAGCCGGUGCUGCUCCUUCAGGACUCCUCUGGCGACUACAGCCUGGCGCAUGUCCGGGAGAUGGCUUGCUCCAUCGUGGACCAGAAGUUCCCUGAAUGUGGCUUCUAUGGACUCUAUGACAAGAUCCUGCUUUUCCGUCACGAUCCUGCCUCUGAAAACAUCCUUCAGCUGGUAAAAAUCGCAAGUGACAUUCAGGAGGGCGAUCUUAUUGAAGUGGUCCUGUCAGCUUCAGCCACCUUCGAAGACUUCCAGAUCCGGCCUCACGCUCUCUUCGUUCAUUCAUACAGAGCCCCUGCUUUCUGUGAUCACUGUGGAGAAAUGCUGUGGGGACUGGUGCGCCAAGGCCUUAAAUGUGAAGGAUGUGGCCUGAAUUACCAUAAGAGAUGUGCAUUUAAAAUCCCCAACAAUUGCAGUGGAGUGAGAAGGAGAAGGCUCUCAAAUGUUUCCCUCACUGGACUGGGUACUGUCCGCACAGCGUCUGCGGAGUUCUCCACCAGUGCCCCCGAUGAGCCUCUACUGUCUCCUGUGAGCCCUGGCUUUGAGCAAAAGUCUCCAUCUGAGUCAUUUAUCGGUCGUGAGAAGAGGUCAAAUUCUCAGUCAUAUGUUGGACGGCCGAUUCAGCUCGACAAGCUCCUGAUGUCUAAGGUGAAGGUGCCACACACCUUUGUCAUCCACUCCUACACACGGCCCACGGUCUGCCAGUUCUGUAAGAAGCUCCUCAAGGGCCUCUUCCGGCAGGGUUUGCAGUGCAAAGAUUGCCGAUUCAACUGUCACAAACGCUGUGCACCAAAAGUACCAAACAACUGCUUGGGCGAAGUGACCAUCAAUGGAGAAUUGCUUAGCCCUGGGGCAGAGUCUGAUGUUGUCAUGGAAGAAGGGAGCGAUGACAAUGACAGCGAACGGAACAGUGGACUCAUGGAUGACAUGGACGAGGCCAUGGUCCAGGACACUGAGAUGGCUUUGGCGGAGGGUCAGAGUGACGGUGCAGAGAUGCAGGAUCCAGACGCAGACCAGGAGGACUCCAACAGAACCAUCAGCCCUUCUACGAGCAACAACAUACCGCUUAUGAGGGUAGUGCAGUCUGUCAAGCACACAAAGAGGAGAAGCAGCACAGUGAUGAAGGAAGGGUGGAUGGUCCACUACACCAGCAAGGACACACUGAGGAAAAGGCAUUACUGGAGACUGGACAGCAAAAGCAUCACACUCUUCCAAAACGACACAGGCAGCCGGUACUACAAGGAAAUUCCUUUAUCAGAAAUUUUAUGUCUGGAACCAGCAAAACCUUCAGCAUUAAUUCCCACUGGAGCUAACCCUCAUUGUUUUGAAAUCACUACAGCAAACGUAGUGUAUUAUGUGGGAGAAAACGUGGUCAACCCUUCAAGCCCCCCACCAAACAACAGCGUCCCCCCGAGCGGCAUCGGUACCGAUGUGGCGAGGAUGUGGGAGGUCGCCAUCCAGCACGCUCUCAUGCCUGUCAUCCCCAAGGGCUCCUCUGUGGGUUCCGGAACCAACUCACACAGUGAGUCCAAUGACUUCCGUCUGUCACGGGAAGAUAUUUCGGUGAGCAUUUCCGUUUCGAAUAGCCAGAUUCAGGAAAAUGUGGAUAUCAGCACAGUCUAUCAGAUUUUCCCGGAUGAGGUUCUGGGUUCUGGACAGUUCGGAAUUGUUUAUGGAGGUAAACAUCGUAAAACAGGAAGAGAUGUAGCUAUUAAGAUUAUUGACAAAUUAAGAUUUCCAACAAAACAAGAAAGUCAGCUUCGUAAUGAGGUUGCAAUUUUACAGAACCUUCAUCACCCUGGUGUUGUAAAUUUGGAGUGUAUGUUUGAGACGCCUGAAAGAGUGUUUGUUGUUAUGGAAAAACUCCAUGGAGACAUGCUGGAGAUGAUCCUGUCAAGUGAAAAGGGCAGGUUGCCAGAACACAUAACGAAGUUUUUAAUUACUCAGAUACUAGUGGCUUUGCGACAUCUUCAUUUUAAAAACAUCGUUCACUGUGACCUCAAGCCAGAAAAUGUGUUGCUGGCAUCAGCAGACCCUUUCCCUCAGGUGAAACUUUGUGAUUUUGGUUUUGCCCGGAUCAUUGGCGAGAAGUCUUUCCGGAGAUCAGUGGUGGGUACCCCAGCCUACCUGGCACCUGAGGUUCUGAGGAACAAGGGCUAUAACCGCUCGCUAGACAUGUGGUCUGUUGGGGUCAUCAUCUAUGUGAGCCUGAGUGGCACCUUCCCUUUUAAUGAAGAUGAAGAUAUCCACGAUCAGAUCCAGAACGCAGCCUUCAUGUAUCCACCCAAUCCCUGGAAGGAGAUUUCUCAUGAAGAUGACCAAAUGUUGAAAGUCAACUUGGGCUACAUAGUAAAACUAUACAAUAGUGAUGAUGAUGAUGAUGAUGAUGAUGAUGAUGAUGACGACGACGACGACGACGACGACGACGACGACGACGACAACGACAACGACAACUGAUAAUAGUCUGAAGCCUGCUCCACCUUAUUUUAAAUAUAUUUAGUUUGGCAUAACAUUUGAUUUGGGGACAAUACGAAAAAUAAUGAUUAACUGUGAGUUUUAAGGCUUUACUCAUGCUUAUACAUGUUUUUCCCAUUUAUUUUUUCACUUUACAUCCCAAUCACCAGACCCCUUCUCCUGGUCCCCAACUUACAUAGCCCCUCCCCUUCUCUAACUCAUAUUUCCCAAUUCUUCAAUUAGAAGAAUUAGAGGGUAGAGAAUUGAGGUAUCCAAAUAGUGGAUCUAGUUUGAUUUGGCUAUGAAAUAUCUUCUUACCACUAUCACUCAUUGCUCUAGACUGUAGCCAUUUGGGGAAUUAUUUCUAUAAUUCAACUCAAUUGUUAUUACUAACAGCAUGUUCUGCACACUUAAUAAACCUAAAAGCCCCCUUAAGUCUUGAUUCUAAAAUACUGAGCAAGAUAUGGUUCAGAACGGAUUCCUAAUGUUUCCUUCAUAUUUAUAUUUGUUUAUUCAAUGAUCCAUGGCAUUAUAGUGAUCUAGUUAUAAACCACUUUCAAUGUCCUUGUUCCCUCAACCUACAGCAACACAAAAUCUGUUCUAAAAGUCAGCAAUCCCAGCACUAGCAGGGAUCCAUGGGCAAAUACACCCCACCACCCUCUACCGAAACCUGUAAACCAGAAUCCUCUGUUUAAAUCCUCAAACUUCUAUUGAAAUCUAUGUAAAAGUCUACAAAGACGUUUUUUAGCCAAGUUUAAGGUCUGAGAAUAAUAGGAAUGUCCAAGGCACUUCUAAAACUCCCAGAAGCUACCUGGAGACUCCUCACCUAAAGAUUUUUACCUUUCUUCUGGUUGAGCAUUCAUUUUUAGAAACAUAACUUUCUUACAAAAGGAUUUUAGCAUGGAAUGAAAAUAAAGAACACUCUAUGACAGAAAUGUAUUUGUGUUGCUACCUUAAAUUUCAAGUCUGGGUGUAAUAACCUCUAUAUGCUUGUGUUGAAACAAUUCAUGGUUUUUCAAGAUCGUGUUGUUGAUCUUCAGAAAAAAAAAAAAGUGAUUGAAUGUGAAGCAGAGAGUAACCAUUGAUAGAAUACUUUCUAUAGAGGAAAGAACUGAGAGCAGUAAAGCCAUCAACUUGAGUCUCUAAAGGUCUUACACUUCAUUGGAUUUCGGUAAUUGACUCAGGAACGAGUGAGAUGAUGAUUUCCAGUGGCCUUGUUAGCUGCUGGCAGCCCCUGAGAGGAGCGUCCCAGUUAGUGUUGCUGAGCAACGGCAUGCUGGGUUGAGAGCUGGAAUGUGAAGGGUUGCAAAACGAUUUUUAAAAUAAACACACAAGUUCCCAUCGGUGUGAAGCCAAGCAAAGGGAGAGAGGUAGUAAGCGUUACACUUCAGCAGUCAGGGGUAGACUGGAAAGGGCGUGUACCACUGCCUUGAAUUAAAAACCCUAAAGGGUGGCUGGUGGUGGCUCCAUCAAAAUAGCAUCCCUCUGAAAAUAUCAGCCUGAAUCAGGUGGGAUGGAUAAAUGUGAGCAUAGAAAGCAUCAAAAUAAAAAGUUAUAUGCCUGGACAAAAAUGAUGAACAUUGGGUUGUCAUGAGUCCUUUCUCUGCUGUAAAUUAGAUACUCCAUAUUGCCAACAUCCUUCUGGUUUUCUGACAACAGUCAAUGUUUCCUAUGAUCCAUUGCAUUCUACACAGCUUGGUGCCCUAUCAUCCAAAAAUAUUAUAACCAAAACAGAUAGACCACAUACAUAAGGCGUGAGCAUUAAAACUUAGAGCUGAAAAAGAGUCUAUUCAAAUUCCUGGUUAAUGCAUUGGAGCUCCCAAACAGCUAUUUUGUGGUUUUCUAUUAUCUCAAAAUUCCAGUGCAGCUUUUGUUUUAGAGAAUCUUCAAGUUUACCAGGAAACUCUCUGACCUCAACAGAGCUAAUGGAGAGAAUAGGAAGAAACUGCCACACUCUGAGCUGAUUAAAAAGGUCUUGAUGAAACAUGGAGAUAGGAUUUGAUGGGAGAUGUGAACUGUGGGCCCUACAUAUUUAGCUAUGCAGAAGUGUCAGUAAUAACAUCUUUCCAGGAUUUCCUCCAAGCUUUACAAGGUUUCAGUUUUUCCACAGCAGGGCUCAUAUAUCUUGUAUACUUAGGAGUUGCUAUCCAAAUACUUGAUGUUUAGUUUGAAAUACAGAAUGACUAGAGUAUAGUUUGUAGUUUCAAGGUUAAUUCAGGGCAUUGAUGCCAGAGGAAAAUAGAAUCAAAAUACCUUUACUUAUGAAGCACUUAUUUGUCUAUUAACCCUAAAGCCCUCGGAAUCAGGAUACAUACUAAAUUUCCAUCUCCUGAGAAUGUCCUUGUGCACCUCGCCAUGAGCUCCAUGGAGGUUUAGCUGUCCUUACACUUUCCAGACACAUUGGAAAGGACCCAUUCUGUUUAACAAUGAGUGUGUGGUAAAAUUGUAUGGACAAGUUACUCUUUUGUUUAAUAGAGUAAUGAGAAAAAUUGCUGGGCAAAAAGUUGCAAGCCAAUAACAAAAAAGAAAGAAGAUAAGGUAAAACAGAUUUAAGAACUGUAUUUCUCCCUUUUUCCAAUUUUUAGGAAAACAUGGAUGUAUGACUAAAGACUUUUUUGAAAGAAGCAAAUCUUCGAUCACGAAUGAGAAAUGUAAAAAUUAAAAUUUGCAUUGUCCAUAGUGUUCUCAUAAGAAAAGAAACUGAAAAAAAAAGAAAAGAAAA